GCGCGCACCCGCCCGCCCGCAACCUCCACCCGCUCUCCCGCGUCGUUCGACCCAGCACUCUGCAACGGCCGGGAGCCCGAUCUGCGGUUUUCCCGCCCGGGAAAGGCCGUGACCCUCCCCGCAGGAGCGGCGGGGCGGGGCGGGGCGGGGGUGGGGGGGUCCUGAAGAAGAUGGCGACGCCGGGAAGCGAACCCCAAUCUUUCGCCCCUGCUCUGCACCCCCAUCAUCAUCCCCACCACCACCACCACCAUCACCUCCACCAGCACCACGGCGGAGCCGGAGGCAGCAGCGGGGCCGGGGCCGGCGGCGGCGGGGGCUUCAGCCUGCCCUUGAACCGGGGUCUGGAGCGCGCGCUGGAGGAGGCGGCCAAUUCUGGGGGGUUGAACCUCAGCGCUCGGAAACUGAAGGAAUUCCCCAGGACCGCGGCCCCCGGGCACGACCUUUCGGACACGGUGCAGGCAGAUUUAUCUAAAAACAGACUGGUUGAAGUUCCAAUGGAAUUGUGCCAUUUCGUGUCACUGGAAAUCCUUAAUCUUUAUCACAAUUGUAUCAGAGUCAUUCCUGAGGCCAUCGUCAAUUUGCAGAUGCUGACCUACUUGAACUUGAGUCGAAAUCAGCUGUCUGCCCUGCCUGCCUGCCUGUGUGGUCUGCCUCUGAAAGUCUUAAUCGCAAGUAACAACAAGCUUGGAUCACUGCCAGAAGAGAUAGGUCAGCUCAAACAGUUAAUGGAGUUGGAUGUUAGUUGCAACGAGAUCACAGCGUUGCCUCAGCAGAUAGGUCAACUGAAAUCUCUCCGGGAGCUGAAUGUCCGAAGAAAUUACCUUAAAGUAUUACCACCAGAACUAGUAGACCUUCCCUUGGUAAAGUUUGACUUCUCCUGCAACAAAGUGCUGGUGAUUCCCAUCUGUUUCAGAGAGAUGAAGCAGCUUCAAGUGCUACUGCUAGAGAACAACCCCUUGCAGUCUCCUCCAGCACAGAUUUGCACAAAGGGCAAAGUACACAUAUUUAAGUAUCUGAGCAUACAAGCAUGCCAGAUAAAGACAACGGACUCGCUUUAUCUCCAUGCUAUGGAGAGACCACAUUCGCACCAGCACAUAGAAGACAGCAAGAAGGAUUCAGAUUCCGGAGUGGGAAGCGAUAAUGGAGAUAAGCGAUUAUCUGCCACUGAGCCCUCUGAUGAAGACACCAUUAGCCUCAAUGUGCCAAUGUCGAACAUCCUGGAAGAAGAGCAGAUGGUUAAGGAGGAUACAUGUCAUCAUCUUACCCCAGCUAAAGGGGAGUUUCAUCAGGAAUUUCAGCCAGAGUCUUCCCAUUUGGGUGACAGCAACAACUCAGGACAAGAAAGAGAUCCAUUCGGGGAUGGAGCAGAUGUUCUGCGUUCGGGAUUUAUGAACUAUGUUAAGGACAGGACAGAAGUAUGUGAAGAGCUGUUGCGGAUAGAAGAGGAUGCACACUGGCAGACGGAGGGAAUAAUAAGUUCAUCCAAAGAGCAGGACGUGGAUAUCAUGAUGAUUGAGCAGCUGAGGGAAGCGGUGGAUUUGCUGCAAGAUCCCAACGGACUAAGCACAGACAUCGCAGAGAGAAGUGUUUUGAGUCUGUUCCCUGUGGGAUCCCCAGAAACCUUAGAGCUGCCAGAGUCUACACUGAAUGGUCCAAGGCAGCUGGAGACAUCUCCGGUGUGUGAGGAGUCACAUGAUCUAACAUUACAGAGUAAUGGGAGCCAGUAUUCACCAAAUGAGAUGAGAGAGAACUCCCCUGCGGUCUCUCCUACCACAAACAGCACACCUCCAUUUGGCCUGAAGCCCCGCUCAGUGUUUCUAAGGCCUCAGAGAAACUUGGAAUCUGUAGACCCACAGUUUACAAUUCGGAGGAAAAUGGAGCAAAUGAGAGAAGAGAAAGAGCUGGUGGAACAACUUCGUGAGAGCAUCGAGAUGAGGCUGAAGGUCUCUCUGCAUGAAGACCUGGGGGCAGCACUCAUGGACGGCGUGGUGCUCUGCCAUCUGGUCAAUCACCUGCGGCCGCGCUCCGUGGGCAGCAUUCACGUUCCCUCCCCAGCGGUUCCCAAACUUAGCAUGGCCAAAUGCAGAAGAAAUGUGGAAAAUUUCUUGGAGGCAUGCCGGAAACUAGGAGUACCAGAGGAAAAACUAUGUCUGCCCCAUCACAUCCUGGAAGAGAAAGGCCUGGUCAAAGUGGGCAUCACCGUCCAAGCAUUACUCGAUGUCACCACUGUCACCAAGGCUCUGUUCACAUGAGACCAACCUUCUCCUCUGAGUUGACUCAGACUCUUCCUCCAUCAGGGAUCCUGGACUGGACUCCUGGUAUCCAUUGCUUCCUCUUCCCCACUCUCCGCCUGUCACUUCCUGACUAGUUGCAUGGACAAGGUUUUCAGCCAAAGGGAGGAUUUUCCCCCCUUUCAGAGCUGACCUUGGCUUCCAAGGCUGAGACUUGACAGGGAUUCAUCUGGAAGCCAGAGGGGGGGGAGGCUGGUGGAUAACUAAGUUAGCACAUCAUUGCCUUUUUCAACCUCCUACAUCCCUUCCACACUCACCAACUGCCAUUACCAAAACAAUGCCAAGCACAACUGUUACACAGCGAGAUGCAUCUGUUUUAUUAAAGCCAAACUUGUUACAGAUUGAGUGGGGGGAGGGGGGCGGGAGGAGGAGACACAAUCAGGUUUUUAUUCACCACCAAAUUCGUCAAGAUGUUUCUUGAGACCAUUGCCUUUUCAAAAGCUAUUUUCGACACACAAAAUAUUUAUAUAAAUAUUAUUUAUUAGUGAGUUGUUAUUCAUCCUUUGGAUGCAAAUUGUAAAUUAGGAAACUAUUUUAUUACUGCUUUUUUGUGGUUAAACACUUUAUUUUAAUAUUAUAAAUAUUGAGUUAUUUUCUAUCUUCUUUGGUGUGUAGUAGUUGUAGCAGUAAUCAUGUUCCCUGGUGUCUGUAACUCAGAGAAGAAAAAUUGAAGCAAAAAGCAAAACAAAACAAAA